UGCAGAUUCUAAUAAUAGUGAAGCUAAAUGCCAAAGCUUUUGCUUUUUCAUUGCAAUGACAAAAUCGAAAUCAAAUUUUACACUGAGCAGUGGCCAACUGACCGACUGGCGGUCUCAGUUCUAUGCCUCGCCCAUGAAUCGUCUGGCGCAAAAUAUAUGCGCCGGCUUCGAUCCCAUUGACGCCUGCAGGCGACCGGAGCAGACACUGAGCUUAACGACAGCUGUGGGGCGGCACUUUGAGGUAAGCAAUAUGGUAAAGCCGACAGUGGAUGGACCCAAAUGGAUAUGCGCUGGCUUGGAUUUGCUGCGGCAGGCAAUGGAGCCGGAGUGCGAGCUGUCCGCUGCGUAUUUGUUCUACUGGCACAAGCUGGAGCGCAGCCAUUAUGUGCUGCAAACGGUGGCCAAUCUGCUGGAGCGCUGCGAGCCACUGGACGGACGCACAUUUCAGUAUGUGAUGAAGCAUCUGGUGCCCGAUGGCGGCAACUGGCAAAUGUUUGUCAAUCUGGUGAGCAAGUAUGGCGUGAUGCCCAAGAGCUGCUAUCUGGCCAGCUGGUCCGCCAAACGCACGCUGCAGCUGAAUCGGCUGCUCAAGAGCAAGUUGCACGAGUUCAGCAGCCAACUGCAUGCGCAGUUUACCUUCGAUGGCGACGCCAGUCAGCUGCCUGCGUUGAUGGAGCGCAUGCUGGAGCAGCUGUAUGGCAUAAUCAACAUAUGCCUGGGUACGCCAGCGACAGAAUUUAGCUGGAAGCAGCAGGAGCAAAGCCUGCAGCUAACGCCGCUUGCCUUUUAUCGUCGCUAUAUACAACCAAAGUAUGCGCUGCAGUCGCAGCUUUGCCUCGCACACGAUCCACGCACCAGCAGCUGCUAUGGACGCAACUAUAGCGUAGGCUAUAGCUCCAACAUGUGGCAGGGACUGCAGCAGUGCUACAACAAUCAGCCCAUGCCGAUGUUGCUGCAGAUUAUGAGCGACGCACUGAGCGGCGGCUCGCCCGUUUGGCUGGCCUGCGAUUUACAGCCGCGCUUCAAGGCCAAGUGCCAGCUGCUCAGUCUGAGCUUGCACAGCUUUGAGCAGCUGCUAGGCCUGCCAGUGUUCACGCCACUGGACAAGGCAACGCGGCUGCAAUACAAGGACACGGGACGCAAUUCAGUGCUGCUGCUAACAGCGGCAACGCUCGAUGCAGCGCAGCAGCCUUUGUACUUCAGCAGUCAGCGCCAGAGCGCCAGCGAGCCAAGCGGCAACAAAACCACAAGCACAAUCAAUCUAAAUGAGACAAGUGUGACGACGACGACGACGACGGCAAAGCGCAAGGUGUCCGGCGGCUCGGGCAAGUCGCUCACACUGCAUGCUGAUUGGCUUAGGGAAUAUGCCUUUGAGAUUGUUGUGGAUGCGCGCUUUGUGCCGCCGAGCGUGUUGCACGCUUCACGCACACAGCCGCACAUCGAACUGCCCAUUUGGGAUCCCAUGGGUGCGCUGCUGAGUUGACUCCACUCACUGACUGACUGACUGAUGAGUCCCCCAGGCUAUUGUGCUGUAUUUAUAGAUUGAAAAUUCGCUGCGCUGCUGUAUUGAAAUCAUUGACAGAGUUUCGAGUAUAAAUCUUAAGUUUUGUAUUCAAAAUUAAACACAAGUAUUUACAUUUUUAUGUAGAGUA